AUGAAGAGCCCACUACCAAAGAACAAUCGCUUCUCAAACUUCCGCUUCUCACAGACCUCACUACGGUCACCAAUCUCACCACGAGCCACCAACUUUGGUAACAACCACGAGCAAUCACUCUCAAUCUGCCAUUCAGAUACAGCCUCUUCAUCCCCAACAGCGCGAGGCACACCAGACCCCGACGAAAAAGGUGCCAGUGUCGGCGUCGUCGUUGUCGAUUCGGAUAAUGCUCGUGCGUUGCGAACGCCGAAUGCCUUGCCAGAGGUAGCUCGCAGUCCAAUCACGCCUUGGCAGGCUACCUUUUAUCGUCAUGCUGCUAGCACGGAGCAAGAGACCACCUACCUGAAGCAUACUGCGUACUUGCGAUAUGCUCGAGUAGUGGUGACAGUAUUCCUUCUCGGAGCAUCUGCCACUCUCACAGGUCUCAAUUCAGACAUCCUCGCUCAAUACAACCGGACACAUCUUUCCCCAGCUUGGCACUUAUCGUUCUGGCCAACGGAUCUCGAUUUGGUCCCCACGUAUCUCAGCCUGAGCACCGGUGUCAUCACACUCUUCCUCGCCAUCGUCACUGUCAUCAUAAUAGCGCUCCCGAGCCCAAAUCCACGCACUACCCCCAAAACCGCCAUCUUUGCACCCACUUGCGUACUCUCCACGAUCCUAAGCUUCACGACCGUGGUCUACUCCGCCACCAGCAGUCCAGCAGCCAUCUUCUCCUCUUUCAUCAGCAAAACACUCACCUCUCUCGUCUCCACCACCGGUCCAGCCAACACGGUCGGCCUAACCGUCAAUGGGCACGGCACCAGCCCGAAACGCGAGACGAUCCAGUCAUUCACGUGUACCAUCUCUAAUACUGCAAGGGCAUUCAACAAGGACGCUUCACUGCUUCAGCUGCCUACACUCUCGGACAAGAACAGAUUUGUGCCUACUGGCUUCGGUAGGAUCUGUUCAGAGAAUCGAGCGAGCUUGGCUAUUGUGGUUGUGAUGUUGUGCGUUGGUGCUAUUGGUUUGGUGGUUGCUGGCUGUACCUGGAGUAUUGAGCGUCGAAUUGAGAGGUUGAGAGGUGAGAGAGAUGUGCUUGCGAGUAGGGAUGGGAGAGUCGAUGGUGCUGAUGUGCCGGAGAGUCUGGUCGGUAUGCCGGAGAAGGGGCGUGAUGAGAUGGUGUAA